AUUUUCACAAACAAGAUUAUACAGAUACUCCUCUUCUUCGAGUUCAUCACAUUCAUAUUUUAGAAAACAAAAACUUCUUCGUUUAAAGGUCUCAAGAAGAUUAGAGUGAUGGCAGAGAAGAGCCAGCAGAACUAUGCAUCAGCAAGUGGCUACUCCAGAACUACUGACCAUGAAUCAGCCCCCUUCCAAACCGACGAGGAGCUCAAACGCCAGAAGAGGAUCAAGUUGUUUAUCUAUAUUGGUAUUUUCAUUGUGUUUCAGAUCGCAGUGAUGACCGUAUUUGGUCUAACUGUGAUGAAAGUCAAGACCCCCAAGGCCAGGUUGGGGGAAAUCAGUGUUCAAAGCCUCACAUCCGUUCCUGCAACACCUUCAUUCGACACAAAGUUCACAACCCAGAUAAGAAUCAAGAAUUCAAACUGGGGUCCUUACAAAUUUGAAGCAGGAACUGCCACAUUCCUGUACCAAGGUGCUACUAUUGGGAAGGUAACUAUUCCCAAGAGCAAGGCCGGUAUGCGUUUUACCAAGAAGAUCAAUGUCGAGGUGAGUUUGAAUGCCGAUGCAUUGCCAAGCAGUUCCAAGCUAGGAAGUGAAUUAAGCAGCGGGGUGUUGACACUGACCAGCCAAGUUCAGCUGAAAGGCAAAGUGGAGUUGAUGCUUAUAAUGAAGAAGAAUAAGAAUGCCUCCAUGGACUGCACUAUUGUGUUUAAUUUGUCAACAAAGACUGUCAAAAGCUUAACAUGCAAGUGAUCAUCGAUCAUAGAGAAGCCAGGAAGCUGGGGCUAAAUAUUGGAAUUGAAAAUGCGCUUUAUAUAUCUCUCCGAUUUCGGAUUGGGAGAUGAUCAAGACUAGUUCUUGAUGUUUUAUACUUGAUUUUGAAUUCCUUAUUCAGUUCUUUUUUUAGAUCUGUAAUACUACUUGGAAUUGUUGUAUAGCUAUAAUGAAGUCUCUGUUUUCGCCCUCC